CCAUCCAUUUAUCCAUCUGCCUGCCACCGCCUCACCGCUGCCUGCCACUGCGCGAACAGACAACAACGCAACAAAUUGGGAGUUCCGAGGAAUUAUAAAUAGAACGCGUGUAAAAACCGUGCUGUUGACGGCGCUUAUUUUGGACUUUGUCCGACGACAUGUUCUUAGCUGCGACUCCCUGCGGGUACGGAAGAUGUGGAACAUCCCCGACUUGAUGAGCUGAAAGUAACCAUGACUUCAUCUACCGAAUUAGCGAAAUCCCCGUUCGAACUGUUCAGCUUCGUGCCUCCAGGUCAUGAAAAGGCACUCAGGCACGCCGUCUACAACACGGUAACCAUACUCUUCGCGGCGUUCGUCUCUGCAGCUACAAUUGCUGUCUAUUUCAUCCUGCAACCCUUCUUGGGUCCUCUUUUGUGGGCUGUGUUAUUUGGUUCCGUUGUGCACCCAUUCAAGAGAUCUCUCACUGUACUUUUGGGAGGAUGGCUCCAGGGAUUGCACGAGACCAGUACCCCCGUGGCCAUCGGAGUGGUUAUCCUGCCUUUCCAAGUGGCUGACAACAUAGCCGAAAGGGCGUGCAUUGUGCUUUUCAAAUACAUCAAGUUUUUCGUGACACUUUCUGUCGGGGUGACAUGUCUCUACGUGGCUUACAACUUCAUGCCCGUGACUCUUGUGAUGAAACUGUAUGUCGUCGUCUCCGGUCUUUUCUGUCUUCUGUCUGCUGUGUUAGAAUUCUUCUCCGGUACUGUUAUGGUGUGGACUCUUGUGGUUGGCUACUGCGGUGCAUUGUGCUUUUGGUGGAAUCAGCAGACCCGACAGGUGCUUCGUGCUGCGUCUCCCUUGGUGUGGACGGCCCUCGUCUGUCACGUGACGUCUGCGGCGGGUUCGUGGCGCUUACCCUUGCUCCUUGUCGUGCUGGCCCUCCUCGCCAUGGGCUUUCUUGCUGAGCUGCGCUGCCGCAGGGACCUGCACGCAUCACCCGAAUGCUCAUCUCCCGCUGUGCAGACGCUGAGGGUCGGAUGGGCAUGGCUGACAGGAAAGGAUCCUCUGGAUGACAUCCCCGAUGCGGCCAGAGACUAUCUGUCUCUUCCAAAGCGUGGUGGAAAGAAGCGUGUGUCCUUCAGCCUCGAACCGGACGAAGUGUUUCCCUUAAAAGGCAGCGAAGCGCCAAAGACUGAGGAACAGCCCCCAUUCAAAGAAUCAUCAGCUGGAACCCAACCAUCAGCAGCCCAACCAUCUGAAGGUGCAGCCGGAAGCGGCCCAGUUACGGCCCAGCGUCUGCAAGUUGAACCACCAACUCCUGAAAGGCGUUCCUCCCUUCGAUUGCACGAUGCACCCACACCCACCAUAAAGGUCCAGGACAGCGAACAGGACAGCACUGAGAAGAAGGAGGAAAGCACGCAAGAAGACAACGGGGAGAAGAAAGAAGAAAAGAAACCACACAAGAUGAGCAAUGUUUACUUAAGUGCCCUCGUGUGGUCCUGCUUGUUGGCUCAGCUGUGGCGUUACUUGUGGUUGCUCCACCUGACUUUCGUGCCCUUGCUGUACACCAUCGUCAAGCGCCUUGGUAGCCACUUUGGCGUCUGGGGUUGGAUGAGGAGCAAGUCUCAAACGGUGCUAAUACGUCUUCACUGCUGGUAUCUGGAACGACGCGAAGCCAUGUUUCCAGCACCCAUUCACGGUCUCUGGAGGCUCAUGCGAGAGGGGGACAAGAAGAUGGUGUCACUUCUGAAGGCAUCCAUAGACAACAUCACCACCAUUAGCCUCAUUCUGCUCGUCUUUGUCUUGGCCAUCGUGGGUACCGUUUUCCUCGCAGUUCAGGUGUACGGUGAGAGCAUGCACUUGGUGGAGGUGACCAGCGGCAUCAUUAAUCGGACAGUUGUUCAUAACCCGGAGCUCCAGCAACUGUUGCCAGAGACUAUGCAAGGUGUCCAGGGAGCUCUCGAUUCAAUGUUGGGUGAUGCCUAUCUCUAUGGGAGAGACUGGAUCUCUGCAACUGUGCGUCGUGCAAUUGAUGACGAAGAUGCCGCUCGAGCUGCUGUUGUGGAAAAACAGAUGUUGGAGUUAUGGGACCGCGUCUAUCACCUUUGGGUUGCCCGCAAUUCAACCAUCGACCCCAGUGUGCUUCCCCAUGCCCCAUCGUGGGAUACUCUGCUCGAUGCCCUCAAGACGCUGGACCUCGGGCUCCUCGCAAAUUUUGCGCAUGAAAACCUCGGCACUUUCAUGUCGGUAUUUGAUUCCAUCUGGGCCUUGUUGAAGGGGAAUAUCAGCGUUGUGCUCAGCGUGCUCACUGCAACUUUCUCCCUCCUCUUUGGAGGAGGGACGGCUGUCCUCAACUUUGUCAUCAAUCUUGUUGUGUUCUCAAGCGCACUCUUCUACCUGCUGCGGGCAAGUGGGGAACGAUAUAAGCCUUUGGACCUCUUCUCCAGCAUGGUGCCUGGUUCAGCAGGCCGCCUGGGAGAAGCCUUUGAAGAGGCUAUUGCUGGUGUCUUUGCUGCCUCUUUCAAGAUGGCUGCCUUUUAUGGGCUCUAUACUUGGCUCAUUCACACGUUAUUUCAAGUGAACAUGGUCUACAUACCCACAGCCUUGGCUGCACUUCUGGGAGCUGUCCCAUUCUUAGGAGCCUAUUGGGCCUGCCUGCCUGCAGUGUUGGAGCUGUGGUUGGUACAGGGCCAAUGUUUCAAGGCACUCUUCAUGCUCACGUGCCAGUUGGCACCGAUAUCUUUUGUGGAUACGGCAAUCUACAGUGAGAUUAAGGGGGGUGGUCACCCAUUCUUAACCGGCCUAGCCAUAGCGGGUGGAGUGUUCUGCCUUGGAGUUCAGGGGGCACUCUUUGGUCCCAUGCUGCUCUGUGUGCUAGUAGCUGCCAUGAACAUGUACAGGCACAUGAUGCAAACCAUGCCGGUAGACCCUGGUGUCGCACGACGGUUCAGCCUCAAAAGGAUGUUUACCAUAGACUAGGUGGAUGCAGAAGGUGCAAAAGAACGAACACAAGGUAAACUCUGCACAAGGCCUCAUACCAAGAGACUCAUACCACGUAGAAUCUUAAACAAGGCUGUGUUAUUUGUUAGUAGAUAAGGUUAUUACUGGUUAUAUAUUACAAUUGCACAAAGACGCAUUUUGAACGGUAAAGUUGGGAAACAAAUAGCAUUAUGAGGUACACAAUACAUUGAUUUGUUAACAAAUUUCUUGUGGAUGCUCUUUAAAUCAGUCGACACAUUCAAAAUUUAAUGUGUAUUGACAUCAUCAUCAAUUGGAGUAUAAACUGUUUUUUUUACUUGGCUGCGAAAAAUUACGGAUUAGAAAUUAUUGCAAAAAAAAUGCGUCACUUCAUUUAGAAGGUAUUGCUCCUUUCAGUUGGUACACUGUUGUUGCACUUUUGAUCCCAAAUAAUUUUUGACUGUUGAGCAUUAUGACUAGAGCGCGGAUAGAUAUGCACAAAAAAAACUCUCCAAAUAUGCAUGCAACAUGCACUAAAAAUAUUUGAAAUAUGCAGUAAAAACCUGAAUAUAUGCAAUGUUUUUCCAUGUUCUUCGUAUGAAAGCAAUGCAUGUUUGAUAAAAUCUGAGCAUUCUAUUAAGGAUCACGAGAUUAAAUAUCGCCGCGUUUCUUAAGAGUACACCAGGUACUGCGUAUUCACACGAGCGACAUCCUCAUGGAAGAUUCUAGUGGAAGAAAAAGCGGAAACACUGCUCACAGUGACGAAGUUCCAUACCGUGUUAUGUUGAGCAUUCACACGGUGCGGAGUAUUGGGAGUGGCGUACUGUGCACUUAGCAGACGACACCGUCAUUGAUCACUAAAAGGCUCAACACCACACCCUUCUGAAACACGGAAAAUAGUUGAUUCUGACUGGAAUUUUAGCGAAAGAAUACCCAACGCCUUCCAUGAAAGAAAAGAAGUCGAAAGCUCUCGUAUCUGGCCAUACAAAAGUAUGGUAAAAUAAAAUAUACACUAAGCACGCAUCUUCAUUCAAAAUAUGCCAUAAUGUGCCAGGCAUGCAUUUAUAAGCACCAUAGAUACCUUCUAACCGGCACCAAACCAAUACGGCAAUGAAAUUCUUUUCCCAGUACGGGAAGAAAAAAAGUGCUUGCAGGAAAAUCCGUGCUCUAGUUAUUACAUAUUUAAAUGGUUAAGUGCAUUUGGGAAUGGUUUAGAGUGCGUACAAGUCCUAUCUUCUUUCCAAAUGUCCAAUGAGAAUCAUGUUUGUGCCCUUUUGGGGUUGUCCUCCUUUUAGGGGUUCAAAGUGCUCCAGAAAUGAGCCAUGUCUCGCUUACCUGGAACGACCCUCUAGCCGAGAUAAGCAAAUCAAGCGAAGGCUUGAAGGCCACAAAUGCUUUCACAACUCUUGCCUAGCAACUUCUUAUGCCCUGUAGGAUUCAUUUGCUGUCUGUCCAGGUCUCCGGUGGCUGACCUCUGACCAAAAAUCGGUCAAAGAGGCGAUGUUCCAUGGGGCAAAUGCCAAAGACAUUUCUGUAUAAGCAAAUUGGACACUGGUCCUGUUACUGUGUGUCUGGAUACAGAUAUCCAGUUGUGGAUAUAUAUAAAAAAAAAACCCCAAAGGUAAUUGAAUGAUGGCAGUUGCCUCGUUUGCUAAAAUGUUACCAUGGUAACAAGUUUGUUCCCAAUCACACAGUUCGGAUAACUGAGUUUUGGAUGAAAGAGAUACGACUAUAUAGAACUCCUAUAUUGCUUUUCUACCCUCUUUGUCCAAACAUUUUUGGUACUUAUUUUUUGGCACCUCUUCUGAUGGGGGAGGAGGUGGACAGCAGAAAAUUUCCCAUUUGAAUUCCUCAUCUUCGGAGAUCAUGCAGUACCACAAGCUUGAGCGUCAAAGGUCUGGGAUGGUUGAUAGUGGCUUCAAGUUUACUCACGACAUCCCCCAACAUUCAAUGACAUUUUGUAGCUUGCGUUGGAGUAAAAAAAAAAAACUAAGAAAGACAGCCUUUCCUGCAUUGCCUCGUGUCACUGGCUGCCUUCUCGUUUUAGGGGUUGAAUAAUGCACUCUCAUUGGAUUACUCAAUUCAUCCGUUGCUGCUGACGUGCAAACAUCACCAUGCAAACCUGGCAGACAUUUCGAUGAUGUUGGUAACUGCCCCCAUGAUGAUGCCCUGCAGCCACAACAGAAUUGUACCACAGGCUGUGCAGUUUCUAGAUACAUGUCUGCACAUGUUAUCUAUACCUGCUAUCCUCUAUUCAUGCCUGUACACCACCCAUAGCCACACUUGCUUCUCAACGCUAGCACACACACACACACAAAAAAGCCAUUGCCAUCAUUCUUCAGUCAGUCCCCCGUAACACUUUCGUUGUACAUCCUUCCUUACAAGUACACAACUCUCCAUGGAUAUUUUUAAGUUUUUCCCCCGUGGACAAAUAUGCGACAACACGUAUCCCACAACUUGACGCGCUUCAGGUAACAGACGGUGCUAAAUCAACGUGUGUUGCAGAUUCACCCCACCAAAUUCCUUCCGGCUUUUUUGAAUAUUGGGAGGAUGUCUCGUACAACUCUUAUCUACACCCGUGUCACCUCACCCACUGGGUUCUUCAGGAAUCAAGUUUGUGAAAUUGUAGCUGCGUCCUUUUCACCAUUUUACCAACUGCGCAACAGAAGUGACCAAAAGGUGCCUUCCCAGUGCAAGCCCCAAAAAGAAUGAGUGUAGACAUCCGUCAUCGUGGCCCGUUUGAAUUUCAGUUUACACGUCUUUGUGCAGCAUGUGGGAAUCCCCAGUCCAGGAACCUGUACUACCCCAGGGAACACGCAGCACAAAGUAGCCAUCCAAUAACGAAGUAAUCCACGUUUACCGUCUUACAUCCACAAAAUGACCCGAAAGCUAUCACUAACGUUGCAAGCUCCACGAUUAGCAUGGUGUGAACGGCACCGAAUACAUAUGCAGGUUUUGUUUGCCACCUUGCCUCAUCGAAGAAGUUUCAAUAAUGUCCGAGCACAUACUCUUGAGAGAGAACGGGUAAUACGCGUGACAAUAAAACUUCCAAAACUUUGCGCAGUUAGGAACUGCUCCAUGUGACAAGGGAUAAAACAAUAACAGGGACUGAGUGAGAAAUUAUUGCCUGGCUAGUUUGGAAAUCCGAAGCAUGGUGCUGCUCCAUCACACAGUGUUUGUCAAGCCUGCAUUGCUCCCAUUGUGAGUAGCAAAAAAUACUUUGCAAAAUACAUCCAUGAUAAUUUUUAGGAACCGAACUGCUAGGGUGUUCUGUGGAACUCUGGUGUGAACUUAUGAAACAGCGAGUCAUGCAUUCAUGAAACAUGCAGAAUUAUGCGAGGUAGUAGUGAAUCACACUAAACAUGCUUGUUAGUUAUGUUAUGGGGGAAUCUUAGUACUUAGCGCAUUGCGCUAUCUCAAGACCUUGUGCUUGUAAUACGCAUCAAAUCAUGCCUUACAGAGACUCGUGUUGCUUGUAUUUACAUUUGUUAUACACAAAUCUUUCGCUUGCAAAGCCCUGUGAUACUGUUGCACUUCUGUAUUACAAUAAAGUUUCAUAACGAGUGC